AUGGAAGACAAAUGUACUUUUGACAGUGGUCUAACACCCAAAAAACAAGAUUCGUUUGGCAGUUCAGGUGACAUCGACGAUAGAAUCACAACAUCCGCUAGCGAUUUGGGAAGUAACCGUCGAGAUGAUUUAGAUCCAGAACCAACUGUAAGCAUCUUUUCAAUUUUGCUUCCUCUGCUUAAACUAUUUUCACUUCUAACUGUUGCCUGUUAUCUAUUGCUGUUUAUUUUGCAGACAAUAAAAGGCAUAAUUAAAAGAUGGCCAAAAUCUACCUUCUGUAUCAUUGGCAACGAAUUCUGCGAACGAUUUUCAUAUACCGGAAUGCGGAGUGUUUUAACACUGUACGUAAUGAACAUACUUGCGUUCAGUGACAAUAAUGCUACCAUAUUGUUCCAUUCAUUUAUUGUACUGUGCUAUUCUUCACCGGUAUUCGGCUCAAUUUUAGCUGACGGUUACAUCGGAAAAUUCUGGACUAUCUUUUGGAUUUCAUUAGUGUAUGCUUCUGGUAAUCUACUGUUAGCUGUAGCGUCAACAUUUAAUAAAUCCAGCAAUGUUCACCCGUACUUGGACAUUGCUGGUCUAGUAAUUAUUGGAUUUGGAACAGGUGGUAUUAAACCAUGUGUUUCGGCUUUUGGUGGUGAUCAGUUUAACCCGUCGCAUUUACGAAUGAUUUCUAUGUUUUUCUCAGUUUUCUACUUUACUGUCAAUGUCGGUUCGACGCUCUCCACCGUCAUCACACCAGAACUUAGAACGAUUCAAUGUAAUGGAGAAGACAGCUGCUAUCCUUUAGCAUUUGGCAUUCCAGCAGCACUAAUGGUUCUUGCAACAGUAUCAUUUAUGAGUGGUUCCAUUGCUUACAAAAAAUACCCACCUAAAGAAAAUGUCAUGUCGCGAGUUGUUUUCACAAUUGGAAGGGCUUUGAAGAACAAAUGGGGUUCAAAAGUGGAAAGAGAUCACUGGCUAGAACACUAUCUGGACACUCAUGUAUGCGAUGAAGAUCCGAAAUGUCUUGCACUUAACAGUAAUGGAAAAAUCAAUGUCAACAAAUGUGCUCAGAAACAGUUUCUGGAAGAAGUCAAAUCCCUGUUUAGCAUUAUCAUUGUUUUUUUGCCUGUACCAAUGUUCUGGGCGCUCUAUGACCAACAGGGCACUAGAUGGAUCAUUCAGGCGGUGGCAAUGGACGCUCAAGUUACCGAAAGUUUCACACUGCUUCCUGAUCAAAUGAUCACCUUCAAUGCCAUUUUAGUCAUGAUAUUCAUUCCACUGUUUCAGGUUACCAGCAUCUUUUCUGAACAGCUUUUUUACAUCUUCAUUUCACUCCUCAUGAUCAAAAGCAGUUUGGGGCCCUUGCGCCGUUUGGUUGCUGGUGGUUUCUUAGCUGCAGGAGCUUUUAUAAUAUGUGGAUUUCUUCAACUUGAAGUUAACAAAACUCUUCCCGACGUCCCUUCAUCAAAUACCGCUUUCGUCUCGUUUGUCAAUACUUAUCCGACAUGUAACAUUAAUGUUUCUACACCCGGAUAUCCUGAGAAGUACGUAGCUGCGGGACGGUCACUAAUUGAUGACAAAAUUGAGAAGAGAGCUGAACUGUACCGCCUAGUAGUUGGAGAAUCUCAGAAUGUCACGUUUAACAUUAAAUUUAGGUUGGUUGAUAGAAGUGGAAAAUCGUUCUACAUAAUUGUGUCACCAUUAGGUAUAUCAUAUGAGAAGGCAAUUUGGGAUAAACCAACAGAAGGGAAUGGACAAUCUUCUUUAAACCUAAACUUCUUACUUCCAUGUUCAAUGAUUCCUAAGAGCGUCAACUGGAGUCGCUGCAACAAUCAGAACACAUAUUCAGAGCGAUUAGCCCUUUGCAAAUUGUACGAUAACUCAACGCAUCCUUGUAACCCCCGCUCUAAGCACUACUACAGUUGGUCAAAAGAUGAUAUAAGCUUACAAGAUGUUUUCCGUGAUGGCAAAGUUGUUCUUCAUGGACGGACCUAUGAUUUCGAAGAUGUGAGGCCUGGAAAGUACCAGUUGUACUACAUCAACUACAACGAUUCUGAUAGUAGCCGAACGCCAUCUGCCGAUGAAAUGGCGGUGGUACCAUUAGAAAAUAUAACCCUAGAUAUUAAGGGAAUGGGGGGCGUUUAUACUUACACUGUUGGUGUACGAAAUAUAACUUCUUCGCCGGUUGCUGAGAUUAGUUACCACACUAUUGUACCAAAAAAUCAUUUAAACAUAUUGUGGCAAGUGCCUCAGUAUGCCGUAAUAACAGCUUCAGAAGUACUCUUCUCAAUUACCGGUCUCGAAUUUGCAUAUUCUCAGGCGGGACCGACCAUGAAAUCCGUUGUGCAGGCUAUUUGGUUGGUUACAGUUGCUGUUGGUGAUAUUAUUAUAAUUAUCAUUUCUAAACUGGAUCUGUUUGAUAACCUGGUAAGGAACUUUUUCUGA